UGCUGUUGGAGAAGCAGUUCCUGAAAACUCGCAGCAGAGCUAACUAUCCAACACCACAGAGGGUGAAACUUUGCCGGGCGAGCUCACAUUUACGGCCCAAGUUGAGUGUUUUUUGCGGUUAUGACUUGACUUCGGUGUCGGCGGAGGUUUGAGCUCUUCGGAGGUUUGAAUCCAGAGUCUGGACCGAGCAGGAUGCUAGCAUGUGUCGCUAGCAAACCGCUGCAGGAAAUUAGCUCGUUAGCUUCGACAGCCAGAGAGCCAAAGUAUUAUGAGGCUUAAGUUUCCCUCUUUACGCUCACUUUAAACAACCUCAAUGGACACCGAGGCGAUAGUGAUCCGUAUAAAAACGCCGUCAGGGGACAUGGACUCGUCCGUCGACUGUCCAUCUCUUCUGAACUUCAAUGACUUGCUGGUCGCAAUCAGAGAUGUCAUGCCUGAAGCCACUGUCACUGCCUUUGAAUAUGAGGAUGAGGUGGGAGACAGAAUCACCGUGAGGAGCGAUGAAGAACUCAAAGCCAUGUUGUCAUAUUACUGCAACACAAUGAAUGAACAACGCAUGAAUGGACUGCUGCCGGAUCCUCUGCAGAUUUUUCCGAGAGCCGGCAAGACUCCAGGGAACCGGAACAUACAUGGCCUGAAGGUUAACACAAGACCUAACCCAGCCAACGACUGCACUCAUGCCGUUCCGGACUCCAUAGCCAACAACAGCUUAAAAAAAUCAUCUGCUGAGUUGAAGAGGAUCUUGACAAACGGGCAGAUAAAUGCCCAAGAUAUCCACUAUCAAGAGCAACUCGGCCAUGGAAAUGGAGGCACAGUUUACAAAGCAUAUCACGUUCUUGGCAAGCGUGUUUUAGCUGUCAAGGUCAUUCCUCUGGAUAUCACGGUGGAAUUACAGAAGCAAAUCAUGUCAGAGUUAGAAAUCCUCUACAAGUGUGAUUCUCCCUACAUCAUCACUUUCUUCAGUGCCUUUUUUGUAGAGAACAGGAUAUCCAUAUGCACAGAGUUCAUGGACGGUGGAUCUCUGGACGUCUACAAAAGAAUUCCAGAACAUGUUCUGGGGAGGAUCGCGGUGGCAGUAGUCAAAGGCCUGACGUAUCUGUGGAGCCUGAAGAUUCUUCACAGAGAUGUCAAGCCUUCCAAUAUGCUGGUGAACACCCGAGGACAAGUCAAGCUCUGUGACUUUGGUGUCAGCACACAGUUGGUGAAUUCAAUUGCCAAAACGUAUGUGGGAACCAAUGCAUACAUGGCGCCGGAGAGGAUAUCAGGAGAACAGUAUGGAAUCCAUGCGGAUGUCUGGAGCGUGGGAAUCUCUUUCAUGGAGCUGGCGCUUGGCAUGUUCCCCUAUCCACAGAUUCCGAAGAACCAAGGAUCUUUAAUGCCUCUCCAGUUACUGCAAUGCAUCGUUGAUGAGGAUCCUCCAGUUCUUCACAUCGGCCAGUUCAGUGAGAAGUUCGUUCACUUCAUCACUCAGUGUAUGCGGCGGCACCCCAAAGAGAGACCUGCACCUAAUAACCUCAUGGAUCAUUCCUUCAUCGUGCAGUACAACGAUGGAAAUGCAGAGGUGGUGUCCAUGUGGGUUUGUCGCUGUCUGGAGGAGAGACGAGCUCAGCAGGCUCAGGGACCGAUCUGACGUCCUCCAGCCGUCCAGCUGCUGUCGAUCCGGACGUCUGGACCCAAACAUUGAGCACUUAUCGAAGGCUGCAGGGUCAAGUACGUCCACAUGCACUGUAGAGGUGAUUUAAUGUACAUGGACUAAAAAGAAACAAAUCACCAGAUGUUACAUACUUCCUGUAAGUAGUUCUUUAUUUAACAGCACCGGCCGCGUGGAGGAGUCUCUGCUCUGAGCUUUUCUUUCUAGCUUCUUUUGUUCAGCGAACAUCACAGCCUGACGGAGGUUUGGAAUUAGUCUGAUCCUGAUUCUAAGGAUCAGAGGCGAUAAAUCAAAGCACAAGUCUGCAACACGCCGGCAGAGUUGUGCUCUGCUCCUAUGAUGGUAUCUUCAGUAGCCGUCUUGUGCUUUACCGUUGACAGCCCUCUAGUGAAUGUUAAGGUUUCUGCCUGUGAGUAACUGCCCAUCUGUGUGCCUGUUUGUCCAGUGGUCUAAGUUAUUACCUCAGCAAAUGUUAGUUGUCACUGUAGUGGCAAGAUUCCUCCCAAAAAUGUAUUUUUUUUCCAGCUCCUGAGCUAAAACGACUGUAGUGGGAAAUGAAAUAUUAACAGAGGAAACCGUGAGUUACUCAAACUCAUCAAAAGGAACCAAGGUUAAUUUAUUAAUUAAAUCAGAGUAUAACUCAGUUGCACAUCUUUUAUCGGACGAACCUGAAAGCCACUGAAAGAAAUCAACCUUAAGGUCCGGAUGUGCACUUUUAAUCAUCAGGUGUUUGUUUUUUUAAUCUCCCAAUACAAACCAUCACUUUACAUCUUUACUUAUGGUUUUAUUCAUAUUGUGACCACUAAGUCCUUAUUUUGAAAACAAAUCUCCUGUCCUAUACAGAUAUAAAGCAUUUCAUUGGAUUGCCUGAUGAGAUCAGUAAAACAUUAAUGCAGUGCUCUAAACAGCAAAGACGAGCCAAACGGUGGAUUCUAUGGAUUUCUAAUGGCUGAGCUGAACGUAAUGAAGUGACGAAGAUGAAUUCCUUUGACGAGGUCUUUAAAUGCAGCCGGUGAAAUGCGCAGUGCUCAAGUGCAAUUAAAUGCAGAUUCACAGUGAACGUAGUCUGAUGUGUGAGAAUCAACGUACAGAAACGGGCUGAAAGCAGUUUAUUAUUCCUCAUUUAGACGUGGUUUUAUUCUCCGUGAUGGUGAGGAAAGAGUUUAAUCAUCAAACGCUGUUCAUGAUUUGGGAUCUUUUUAUUAUUAUUUUGCAUCUAUUUCCAAAAUGACCAAUAUAUUCUGCUGUUUUUUUGUCUUGAAGUAAUAUUUAAUUUCCAGUUCACCAGACAAAAGAUGGGAAAAAUAGCAUGUAAUAUACUAUAAGAUGCAAGUAGGAAUAUUAAAUUGGCCAGAUCUUUUAAUUUUGGGAGUUGAUGGACGCCUUUGUCCAACAUUGGAAUGUGUUAAAAUCUAACUGAAGGUACCGUGUCAGUGUGUUGUUCAACAGCUGAAGGAAGGCAGGAAGAUGCAUGAAGGCCAGUAAGUGGUUUUAUUCAUUUACUUCUUGGACAAACAUUUUUCUUUCUGUUGAGGAUUUAAACAUUUACCUUGGCAGAAGUGUUAAAAUCAUAAUUACUCCACCAAGGAACUCCAUCUUCAUACGUUUGUCCGUUUCAUGAUAAAACAUCUGCAAGAUUUGGCUCUAAAUCCCCAAAGAUUCAAGAUUCAAGACCUUUAUUUAUCACAAACAUAAUUACACAUAGUAUAAUGCACAGUGAAAUGCAUUGUGCACCUGAUUCUGUGGUCGAUGAAGAAAUUUCUGUUCCCACAAGUUCAAACUUCCCUUCCUCCGCCCACUCGCGCUUUCUAGAAUCUAUGAGCUGUUGGACGAUACAUCCAGCAUGGUGAAACAUCACUGGAGUGAAAACACCAAGUUUGUAGCGUUGUACAAACGUAAAUGUUAAUUAUCUUUGACAUUUGGAGUUUUGUUUCUCCCUCUAGAGUUGGUAGCACCUGUGGGCUCUCAGAGAAACGUUGGACAAAUCGGAGCAAUUCAGCUUUAGUUUUCGACUUUUCUUUGAACAAACGUUUUGAACAGAAUUUUCAGGGAAGGUCAGUAAUGACACAAGGACCAAAUGAUUAGAUUUUGGCAGUGAUGCGGCUUAUAGUCUGGAUCCACAGAUUUGUUAAAGAUUUCUGUAUCAUUGCCAGAUAGCGGCACGGCGUCACUGUAACCAUGACAACAAGUGAACGCCACAUGAUUGUGAUCCUGAUUCAAAUCCACUGCUGAGGACUUAUCGAGACUUAUCGGUUGAAAUCAUGCAACGACCGAGCAGCCUUGGAGGAGUACUGCGCUCUCUGAGAGCUUUUCUAGUUUAAUUAACACCUAUCUGUGUUUAAUCACUCUGGUGCGUUGGGUGGAAUUCGGACACAGCAUCCCAAACGGUUUCCAAGACAUGGAUUAAUGUUUAGUCUGAAAAUUUAAUGACGAUCUCCACUGAAAAAAGUUCUCUAAAGUCUUGGACGUGAAUCGUUUCAAAUCACCUUCUUUGUAUUUCCACUUUAAUCCAUACUGCUGCCUGCCGUCUGCACACCGGUGGGAUUCACCACUUCAUCAUACUACUGCAUCUCAAUCUCUGACCUUCAUUCAUCCGUGGCUCAAUCACCACGACGUUAGGCUGCAUAUCAUUCACUGCUCAGAGGAUUGUGGAAUGCUGGGUUACAUUACUGCGAAAUGCAACCAAAUGUAGUAAGAUAUCCUGGUAUUUUUGACUUACUGGGACAUACUAAAACAUAUUAUACAGUAUAUAAUGGAUGUUUGAACUCAUCCCAUGUUUGGUAAACUGAGCCUUAAAGUUUAGUGGGUUACAAUGUGGAACAGAAACUAUUCAAUAUGUGAUCCCAGCCCACCUUAAAUCCCUUUAUCAUCGGUUCUAACUCUAUGAUCUGAUAAUAAACUAAGUAGAAUGAGCCUUUUUCUGUGUUCCAGCAAUAAGGGGAAAGUUAAUUUGUCACAGAUUUUCACUGCAGGUUUUAUCAGUGCCACUAUUUGCCUCAGAUACCUGCAGGUGAGGCUUUAGUUUUUUGUGUUUUUUUUUUUUUUUUUUUUUUUUUUUUUUUACCUUUGUUGGCAUAGAUGUACUUUCACUAUAAGUUUAGGGGAAAAAAAUGUCCAUUCAUCAUCAUAAAGAAAAUACUCUGAUAACUGCCGAAAAAUAUGGAUCAUUUUUCAGCAGUUAGAUUUUCUUCUCUGCAUCAUAGCAUCAUGUCAAAUUCUAACACACUCUUCUUACAUUAGUGAGACGCCCACUGGCUGUGAAGUUGCUGUUAAGUUUUAAAUAUUUUGCAUUCUGGUAAAACUGCUAAAUUGAUGUGAAAGAAGACGAGUGUUUUGUUGCUCAUGAACAAACGGUUGGUGCAUUCUUGCCACUCAAGUUCGACUAAAAAGAGUGUAACAUUCUAAUUUUAGUCUCAAACAUUUCCUUUUUGCUUGUUCUCACUGAUUGUGUUUUUUUUUUUUUUUAAAGGAAUUUGCCGUAAAGACGGAAAUAUUUAUUAUUUUUUUUUACUCUUCAGCCUGCUCACAUCUGAGACCAACUCUUGCCCUUUUUGUUUUUCUUGUUCUUGCCAAAAACCGCAAAGCAUCCAGUCAGAGAUGGGAUUCAGCAGAAGUAUCAGUGCUGUGAUCUUACUGGCUGACUAUGGCCUUCUCUGUAAUUAUCUGUGUUGGCACAUACUCCAACCAUAAUAAAUAAAAUGUAUUUAAACUAAA